UUCCAUUCACUCAUUCAUCAGGCAGUUUCUUUGGGACGCAAUUUCACAACACUCGUUGCUCGUUUUGGACAGUUUCUUAGGUCGGACCCAAACUAUUAUCAGAAGAGCUGCAACACGAGUAGAGUAUUAUUGAUGGCCAAAGUUGGAAAGUUUGUGCAUGAAUAAUACCGGAUAAUAAUUUGGCAGGGCUAAUGAUAAAAACUGGUUUUAGAAUGCUCCAAAAAUAACAAUAAUCGCACAAAAUCACAGUCCAGCCGGAGCAAUGGCAAUCAUCGCCACCACACCUGGCUGCUGCUGCCGCCUUUUACGCGCCAAGGUAAAGCACGUGAACGAACAGCUGACUCACCAUGGAAACACCGCGCUCUACUUGUUUUGAAAGUGUAAUUCUUUUUUUUUUGUUUUCUCGCAAAUUGGGAAUUCUCUGAGAGAACAGCGAGAGUUCCGCUGGUCGCUUUUUCCAGCUGUUUCGUAGCGUGAACGAGUCAAACGCUGCCUAACAUCCAAAGCGAUCAGACAGCACCAGUUUCUCUCGGUUUAUAGUGGCACUCAACUUAUCACCCGAACGUGCGCAUCUCACGUACCAGAUAAGGACUAAUAUCAACAGCAUGGCCAUCAAUGAAUUACAAGGCUGUCUAGGCGAUGUCUGCGAGACGGGAGAUCAGCAGAAUGGUUCCAGUAGCUAUGCAGGAUUUUACUUUAACUUCUGCACCCUCAUCUCGCACGUUCUGCUAACUGGGAUCACCGUGGCCAUCGUCUACAAGUGCUUGGUCCUGAAGCUGGCGCACACGGCUGGACAUGCUUUCUACUGCACAAUUGCUUUUGUUUUCUUCAUGGGCGAGGCUUUGUUGGUGAGAAACAGCAGGAGCCUGGAGGCAUGGAUCGGACAGACCAACUUGAAUCGCUUGCAUGCGAUUCUGGGGCUGCUGGCGUUCCUGGUCGGGGUCGGAGGCAUUGCUAUCAAGACAUGGCAGAAGCUGGAACGGAAACGAGAAGAUCCCAACGCUACGGUACGGCACUUCCGCAGCAAUCACGGCUUCUUUGGCAUAGUCGGCUGUGCUCUUCUGCUUGGCAGCGUGCUAAGCGGUCUACCUCUGUAUUUCAUCAGCAGUAGCGUUACUUUGAAAUUCCUCCAUCGUUUCUUCGGCCUGAUCGGAUUCCUCGCAUUGAUGGUCUCGCAAAUGUUUGGCUAUAAUACGGGCUUCGGACGGCGCCAAUGGAAACGUCACCACCAGAAUCUGUUCAAGUUCUUUACAUUUAUUGCCACCAUAACUACCUCAAAUUACGAAUUACGAAGAUUUGUACGGGAUAUUUUUGUCUUAAUAUCAAAUAGUCUCUUCCAGGCAGAGCCAGUACAAGCGAGAGAAGACCUUUAGGUGAACUUUUUAAAAGAACCGAUCUUUAAGAGGGCACUAGGACAUUUAGAACUGCGCUAUAAAGUAUUGUAGCUUUCUUAAAUACUUAACUAUUAGAUAGUAAAAAUAGAAAUAUAACUGGAAGCCAUCAGGAAAUGAAUAAUAAUUACAACUUCUUUAGAAAUCUUUCAAGAGCAAUUUUUUUUAUUAUUGUUGUGCCUUUAUUGGUAUUUUACAUAAUAGUGCCGCAUGUGAUAAUAUACUUUUGAUUAAUUGAAAGAUAAAAUACAUAACAUUCUCUAUAUAUUGUUGUUAUUAAGCAAUCACCAAAGGAUCAAAUCCUAGAACUACAUUUAAAUUGCCACUUUUUAAUGGGAUGCUACAGUUAUUGAAUAUAUGAUUAUAAUUAA